AGUGGACCGAUAAUACAAGCAAUUAAGCUUUGCUUGUUUUUAAAAUAGUUAAUUACGUAUGACAAUGACGCAUAAUUUACAUGAAUUUCAUUAAAUUGAUUGGCUGAUUUGGUGAUUAUUAUCGAGUUUUUGAUUAGGAAUUAAUAUAUAAAAACACUGUGGUCAUAUUUUUUAUACACAUGAUUUAGUGGCUUGUUCAAAGUAUCUGCCAUUUUUUUGAGAUGAAAAAAAAUUCGAGUGACGGGAAAAUCAGCAUGAAAUUAUUGGUGGUAUUUUUGGUGGUUGCAUUUUUUGAUACAACAUAUGCAUCGAAAUGUAUUGGAAAAUGUGAUGAUUAUUUUGAUCAUUUACUAGAACACGAAGACUGUGAUAAAUAUUGCGAAUGUACGAUCUGGGGAGAGCCGAUUGAAUAUUCAUGUGAAGAUGGAAAAUAUUUCUCAUAUUUUUGGGAAAAAUGUGUUGAUCCAUCACUAGUUGAUUGUACAAACGUACAUUUAGACACUACAUUAGCUCCUACGUCACCUUCUUCAACAUUACCUUCAACAAUACCAUCAACAUCAUCUCCUACAAUAGAGCCUUCAACAACAUUACCUCCAACAACAGUACCCCCAACAUCAUCUCCAACGACAUCAUCUCCAACGACAUCACCUCCAACGACAUCACCUCCAACGACAGAACCUUCAACUACAUUACCCUCAACAUCAUCUCCAACGACAGAACCUGCAACGACAUCACCUCCAACGACAGAACCUUCAACGACAUUACCUCCAACGACAGAACCUUCAACGACAUCACCUCCAACGACAGAACCUUCAACGACAUCACCUCCAACGACAGAACCUUCAACGACAUCACCUCCAACGACAGAACCUUCAACGACAUCACCUCCAACGACAGAACCUUCAACGACAUCACCUCCAACGACAGAACCUUCAACGACAUCACCUCCAACGACAGAACCUUCAACGACAUCACCUCCAACGACAGAACCUUCAACGACAGUGACCUCAACAUCUUCUCCAACGACAGAACCUGCAACGACAUCACCUCCAACGACAGAACCUUCAACGACAUCACCUCCAACGACAGAACCUUCAACGACAUCACCUCCAACGACAGAACCUUCAACGACAUCACCUCCAACGACAGAACCUUCAACGACAGUGACCUCAACAUCUUCUCCAACGACAGAACCUUCAAUAACAACUCCACCAAUUAAUAAAAAUGGGUGCAUAGGAACCUGCCCAUCACUAAAUCUACUCGAUCACGCUGACUUACUACCCAAUAAAAAUUGUUCCAAAUUCUGUAUGUGUAAUUGGGGUGAAGCAGUACCAACGAACUGUCCUGCAGGAUUGUUCUUUAAUAAUAAAAUCAAAACUUGUGAUUGGCCUUUCAAUGUUGACUGUCCGAAUUCACCAAAUCGUAUCGAAAAUAAAUUAAAAUAUUUCGCAUCACAACGAACGUUAUCAAAGACCGUCAACCAUGACAACGAAAUCACUGAGCAAGUUGAUGAACAAGAAGACCAAGAAGUCGCAGGGUGUUUAGGAAACUGUCCAAUUACUAACUCACUUGAUCAUACGGAUCACAUAGCCCACAAAAAUUGUAAAAAAUUUUGUAAAUGUAACUGGGGCAAAAAAAUUGUUUUCCAUUGCCCGUUAUAUUUACAUUUUAAUAAUGCAAGCAAAGUAUGCGAUUUUGUUUUCAACGCUAAUUGUACUGAUGUCGUUUUGAUGGUCAAGAUUAAACGUCAGUAUGUGACUUACUGCGCGCCAAUUGUCAUUGUAAUUAAAAUAAAUCAAAAAAUGUUCAAAUCUUUGGUGAUUAUUACUUUAAUGACAUUCGCUAUUGCAAUUGAAUUUUCUGAACCUGAAGAAAAAAAUUUGAAUGUCAAUGAAGUUGACGGCGCAGAAAAAAAUUUCCAGCUGAAAAAAAGUGGGUCUGACUGCGCUAGACAAUGCAAAUUAUUUGAAUUUAAUAAACUAGCCCACGAGGACUGUCAGAAAUACUGCGAAUGCACUCUAGGGUUUCUCGCGGAAAAAAAAUGCAAGGGCAAUAAAUAUUUUUCAGCGAAACAGAAAAAGUGUAUUGACACUUACGAUCAAUGUAGUGUCAGUAAAAAUAAUAAAGGAUGCACAAAAAAAUGCCCAGCAGAAAAUUCACUGGAUCAUACUGUCCAUAUUGCCCACAGAAAUUGCACACUAUUCUGCGUAUGUGACUUCGGUCAUGCGGAAAUUAUUAAUUGUCCUGAUGAUUUAUUUUUCAACCAAAAAACCCAAACGUGUGAUUAUAAAUCAAAUGUUAAUUGUACCGAAUUUAUUUGGUCGAUCGCCAUCUUGGGAGCAACUGCGGAACAGACAAGAGAAUAUGAAGCUACAAAUGAUAUGUUCCCGAAGACCCGAAGUUUUUUGAACAGAAUAAAAACUACAGGAACCUGUAUAGGAAAAUGCCCAUCGUUCAACGACAAAUUAUAUUUUUCUCACAAUUUACCUCACGACGAUUGCGACAAAUACUGCAUGUGUAUGAUGGGUGGCUAUAAAUUAACCCGAAAAUGUAACGGAAAUAAUCAUUACUCAGAAUUGCUGAACAUGUGCGUCAGUCCGAAAAAAGCUAACUGUCUAAAUAAAUUCGACGGUUGUUUGGGCAAUUGUUCGAUGGAUAGAGAUGGUAACUUUGAGACGGCCUUAAUUGCACAUCAGGAUUGUAAUAAAUUUUGCCGUUGCAAGGAGAAUGGCCGCCUGGAAUUACUGACGUGUGCUGAUAAUCUUCACUUUAGUGUUGAACAUAAUUGUUGCGUGGAUCCAGAAGAAGCCAAGUGUAGAGUUGAAGUCCCAAAAUCAAAUACUGCUGCUGAAGAUGAUAAAGUUGGUGCCGAUGCAGCUAAUCAAUUGAAUACUAAUAGAAAUAAUCAAUUAGAUACUGAGAAGUUCAUUAAAUUUGAGCAGGCUGGAGCUAAUCAACUGAAUACUGAUGGAAAUAAUCAAUUAGAUACAAAAAAGUCUCAUAAAUUUGAUCAGGCUGGAGCUAAUCAACUGAAUACUGAUGGAAAUCAUCAAUUAGAUACAGAAAAGUCCAAUAAAUUUGAUCAGACUGGAGCCAAUCAAUUGAAUACUAAUGGAAAUAAUCAAUUAGGUACAGAAAAUUAUAAUAAACUUGAUCAUGCUGGAGCUAAUCAACUGAAUACUGAUGGAAAUAAUCAAUUAGAUAACAAUGAAGAUAAUAAAUUAAAAUUUUUAGAUGAAAAUGAUAAUGAAGAUGCUGAUAAAAAUCCUAUUGAAGGCAAUAGUCUAAACAGUGAAGAUGAUAAAGAAAAAAUUGAAGUACCUGCUGCAGAAGAAGAUUCUGCUGAUGAAAAUCACGGCGAAUGUAUUGGAAAUUGUUCAUCAUGUGGAUCAAGGAAACCCUGUUUGCUGCCGCAUAAAGAUUGCUCGAGAUUCUGUGUAUGUGUUGAUGGAUUCCCAUUUGCUAAAAAUUGCUCAGCGGGUUUGUACUUCGACACAAUCACCAGAGAAUGUGUUCUUUCUAAAUACGCGAGAUGUGAAAGCGGUGGAGAUGAAACUGAAGCUGGACUGAAGCCAAGUGUUGAAGAAGGUUCAGAUGAGUCUGGUGGUAAUGAAAUAGAGACAACUGCAGACGAGCAUGGAAAUGAUUUAGCAAUAGUUGGUCCUGGUCCUGAUCCGAAUAAUUUGAAUGAGGAUUCAACAGGAGCUCGUGGAAAUGAAAGCGCUGCUGUUAGUUCUGGUGAUGUCCGUCAUGAUGAUCAUUAUGAUGAAGAUAAUGAUGAUCAUGUAGAUAACGGGCAUGAUGAUAAAAGUAAUCAAAGUCAUGCUGAUGAAAUUCCGAAGGAAAUCAAUUACGUAGACAACCAUCACGAUGAUGGGACCAAUUAUAAUUAAUUAGUAAUGAGACCGAAGUCUGCCGCAGUCUUUAAUUUUUAAUUUUAAAUAAUUAGAUAUUCAAUUAAUUUUUAUAAAUAGAAAAAUAAUUCUGUACUAAAUAUGUG